AUUAUUCAUCUUCGUCUACAAGCCAUUGGGGAAUUCAUCAACAUCCAUCUAACCUAAUCGUCUACAUCCUUUCUUCCUUCGUCGUUCUAAACCUCCCAUCAAAAUUACCAUGAUCCAUGUCCCAUAUCCCAACCGCCAACAUCAACACCAAAGGUUAAGGAAACCAGCGUUAGAGAUGAUGGCUGUAUACAUGACAUCUAAACAGAUAUUGCUCAACACAAUCCAAUUACUAACAUGACACCAUCUACAGUGACUCGUUCACACAAGUACAACGACAAGGACCAUGCUGGUCUUGCUGAGGGCACCGUCCUGCCUCACGAGAACGUUCCUAAGUUCUUUGCCAAGAACGGCUUCGAAGGUGUCGACCCAAAGAAGACGAAGAAGAAUGGUGGAGGCAAGGCUAAUUGGGGUUCAGCAGGCGAAGAGGUAGUCGAUGAAGACUUCAACUUCGUCAACGCUCGCCGCCGCUCUAACAGCAGCGGCUUCUCCAACCACCUCAACGACUUCAAGACGAAGUUUGAGUUCAAUGAGCCCGAGCCUGUCUUCGAGGAGAGCAUCCACGGCCCCGAGGUUGAGGACGAGAACGCCCUCGCGAAGACCGAGACCUCCUCUAGUGCAGGAAGUUCGGCAGACGAGAAGGAGCAGAAGUGAGAUCCUUCGCAUUCUCGAUUCAUUUGACCUUGUCGAUGAGCGGAAGACCAUCCGCCUCUAUCAUCACGAACCAACCCCUCUAAUUGCUACCAUUAUGUGUGACUACGACUUAACCUAAACCAUCACUUUUUGAACGUUUGUGUGUGGGAUCUUGCUAUUGCUGUUGCUUUGAAGCUGGCUUAGUGGAAUUCCCUGAGGAAUUUUUAUGAGACCAUGAGUACGUCUUCUUCC